UAGAAUCGAAAACACAAACACGCACGGGGCACGCUGUUUCACAUUUUUGUUCAACAGUUUGCGGAUUGUUUCGCAAAAAAUCGUACAAUUUCCAUCGAAAACAUCGUUAGUUUAUUGUGGAAAACGAUGGCGGAUGUCGACGACCUGUUCAACUUGUUCGAUGCCGAUAAUGACGACGACGACGCGGGAAAUGUGCCCAUCGUGGUGGAACAAGGGGACAAAGCCGAAGCACACCGGAAGGAUUCUCCCGUGCCUGCCAAGGAAGAAUCGUCCGGAACCAAACGCGAGCUGGAAGACGAGAACGAUGAUGACGUCGAAGAAUCGGAAUCCAAUAAACGGGCAAAAGUGGAAUCGCUUUUGGAUGAUAUCAAUUUGGACAACAUCGAAUCUCGCAUCAAGGUGCAUACGAUCCAAUCGCCGGAAGCUUGCACACACGAGGUAGCCGUUUACCCCGACCACAAAUACAUGCCACUGGUACCUCCAACCGGAAAGGCAGCUAAAGAGUAUCCCUUCGUGCUGGAUCCUUUCCAAAAGGAGGCAAUCCUGUGCAUCGAGAACCAGCAGUCAGUUCUGGUAUCGGCUCAUACAUCUGCGGGAAAAACGGUAGUUGCCGAGUAUGCGAUCGCCAAAUCACUUGCUGCCAAGCAACGAGUCAUCUACACCACUCCCAUCAAAGCCCUGUCUAACCAGAAGUAUCGAGAAUUUCACGAAGAGUUCAAAGAUGUUGGUUUAGUCACUGGUGAUGUGACGAUCAAUCCUUCCGCCUCCUGCUUGAUCAUGACCACGGAGAUUCUACGAAACAUGUUAUACCGAGGCUCGGAAAUUAUGCGCGAGGUUGGAUGGGUUAUCUUCGACGAAAUCCAUUACAUGAGAGACAAAGAGCGUGGAGUGGUUUGGGAGGAAACGCUUAUCCUGUUACCGGAUAAUGUACAUUACGUAUUCCUCUCGGCUACCAUCCCGAACGCUCGACAGUUUGCCGAAUGGGUUUGCCAUAUCCAUAAGCAGCCUUGCCACGUAGUCUACACAGAUUAUCGUCCGACGCCGUUACAGCAUUAUCUAUUCCCCGUCGGAGGCGAUGGAAUUCAUUUGGUUGUCGACGAGAAAGGACAAUUCAAGGACGACAAUUUCAAUACCGCAAUGGCGGUACUGCAGAAUGCCGGAGAUGCCGCUAAAGGGGACCAGAAAGGCAAGAAGGGUGGACUGAAAGCGACCAAUUCCGGCGAGACGAACAUCUUCAAAAUUGUCAAAAUGAUCAUGGAGAGGAACUUUGCUCCGGUCAUUAUUUUCUCCUUCAGCAAGAAGGACUGCGAGAUCUACGCGAUGCAGAUGUCGAAGCUGGAUUUCAACUCGACCACGGAGAAGAAGUUGGUUGACGAAGUGUUCAACAAUGCGAUGGAUGUGCUGAGCGAAGAAGAUCGGCAGUUGCCUCAGGUGGAAAACGUGCUCCCUCUGCUACGUCGAGGAAUUGGAAUUCACCACGGUGGGCUGUUGCCAAUUCUGAAGGAGACCAUUGAAAUCUUGUUCGGCGAAGGCCUGAUCAAAGCUCUGUUCGCAACGGAGACCUUCGCCAUGGGUCUGAACAUGCCAGCCCGUACGGUUUUGUUCACGGGUCCACGUAAAUUCGACGGUAAGGAUUUCCGCUGGGUUACAUCAGGUGAGUAUAUUCAGAUGUCGGGACGUGCCGGUCGUCGUGGUUUGGACGAUAAAGGUAUCGUAAUUUUGAUGAUUGACGAAGCUGUUUCACCGGCGGUGGGCAAAGAGAUUGUUCAGGGCAAACCGGAUCCCAUCAAUUCUGCGUUUCAUUUGACGUACAACAUGGUGUUGAAUCUGCUGAGAGUUGAGGAAAUUAAUCCGGAGUAUAUGUUGGAACGUUCAUUUUUCCAAUUCCAAAAUCAAUCGUCUAUUCCGGAAAUUUACAAAAAGGUACAGCUGAAACAGAAAGAGCUUGAGUCAGUCCAUAUUAAAGAUGAACAAUCGAUCGUAUCCUACCAUCAUAUUAGAGAUCAAUUGGAUACCCUAGGGAAACAAUUCAGGGACUACAUCACAAGACCAACCUAUCUUAUUCCUUUCCUGCAGCCAGGAAGAAUGAUCAAAAUCCAAUCAGAUGCUGGAGAAUUUGAGUGGGGUAUAAUUGUAAACUUCAAAAAAGAAACCGUUGACGCAAAGGCUAAUCCGCUGAAAGCCGAAACGAAGGUUAUCAUCGACGUGCUUCUGCAUGUCGACGAUGGCUUUGAAAAGGAAGGUGUCCCCAAGCCAUGCCCUCCAAAUAAACGUGGCUCUGUCGAAGUCGUACCGGUUCUGCAUACCCUCGUGCAUCGGGUAAGCUCCCUCCGCGUGUACUAUCCCAAUGACCUUCGCCCUGCGGACAACCGACGAUCUGUCCUGAAAACCAUCAACGAAGUCAAGAAACGUUUCCCCGAUGGACCUCCACUGCUGAAUCCAAUCAACGACAUGCACAUUAAAGAAAAAGAUUUUCAAACAAUUGUCGACAUGAUUGAUAAGUUCGAAAAACGAUUGUUCUCCCAUCCGCUACAUGAGUCCCCGGAACUGGAUAAGCUCUACACAAAAUACAUGGAAAAGCUUGAACUCGAACGUCAACUGAAGCAGGAGAAAAACGCCUUCCGGGAAGCAAAGAGUCUUCUCCACAUGGACGAGUUGAAACAUCGAAAACGAGUGCUUCGUCGACUGGGCUACUGUACAACAGCGGAUGUUAUCGAAUUUAAGGGACGUGUCGCCUGCGAAUUGAGCUGUGCCGAUGAACUCCUGCUCACAGAGAUGAUCUUCAACGGCACGUUUACAAACCUGACCACUUCUCAGGCGUGUGCCCUGCUCUCGUGCUUCGUAUGCGACGAAAAGAGCUCCGAAGUACCAGCCGCAACCGAGGAACUAUCCGGGCCGCUUCGACAGAUGCAAGACCUCGCCCGGCGAAUAGCUAAAGUUUCGAACGAGUGCAAGGUAGACCUGGACGAAGAGCGUUACGUAGAAUCGUUCAAACCAUUCCUGAUGGACGUCGUGUUGGCGUGGUGCAAAGGUUCUUCGUUCUUGCAACUCUGUAAGAUGACGGACAUUUUCGAGGGUUCCAUUAUCCGUUGUAUGAGACGGCUGGAAGAGCUGCUGCGUCAAAUGGUUCAAGCUUCUAAAACGAUCGGAAACACCGACUUGGAAAACAAAUUUUCCGAAGCAAUUCGGCUUCUCAAGAGGGACAUUGUGUUUGCUGCUUCGCUGUAUUUGUAAUGGAAAGAAGUUAGUUUUUUCCUGACAUGAAUUAAGUUUUAGUCUAUAAUUGAGCAAAAUGAUAAAUAAAAUUUAACAAAAAUUAUAAAUCGAUAAAGAAAUCAGUAAGGAA